AAUUUAAUUUUCUUUACAUUGAGUGCAAACUCAAGUCAGUUUUAAAAUUUAAAUUAUUUUAAAACAAAAAAAAAAAUGAAAACAUAAUACCUAAAUACGUACUUUAUUUUUUAAUUAACAAUUGUCAUUAACCUAGGUAUUAAUAAUUAAUUGAACAUUAUAUUACUGUUAUAGUUAAAUUUUUAAUAAUACACACAAGGUAUAUUUUGUUGAUAUACAACAUCAGCUACAAGACAGUAUAAACCAUGCCACAGAAUGAGUACAUGGAGAGGCACCGUAAAUUGUACGGUCGCCGUCUCGAUUAUGAACAACGUAUGCGUAAGAAGGAGGCGAGAGAACCUCAUCUGCGGUCAGACAAAGCAAAACGUCUUCGAGGUCUGAAAGCUAAACUUUACAACAAAGAGAGGCGUAAUGAAAAGAUACAAAUGAAGAAGAAGAUCAAGGAACAUGAAGAGAAACUACAAAAAAAGAAAGAGGAUAAACCUAAAGAAGGCGCUCUUCCAGUUUACUUACUCGAUCGAGAUGUUCAGUCUAGUGCUAAAGUACUGUCUAAUAUGAUUAAACAAAAACGUAAGGAAAAGGCCGGUAAAUGGGAUGUACCAAUUCCCAAAGUACGUGCUCAAUCCGACGCUGAAACAUUCAAGGUAUUAAGAACAGGAAAAUCCAGAAGAAAGGCAUGGAAGCGGAUGGUUACAAAAGUAUGUUAUGUCGGCGAAGGAUUUACCCGCAAGCCGCCAAAGUUCGAAAGGUUCAUCAGACCAAUGGCGUUACGUUUUAAUAAGGCCCAUGUCACUCAUCCAGAAUUAAAAGCCACAUUCUGUUUACCUAUCAUUGGUGUAAAAAAGAAUCCAAAUUCUCCCAUGUACACAAAUUUAGGAGUCAUAACUAAGGGUACGGUCAUAGAAGUAAAUAUUAGUGAGUUGGGUUUGGUCACGCAGUCCGGAAAAGUAGUGUGGGGUAAAUAUGCCCAAGUUACUAAUAAUCCUGAAAAUGACGGUUGUAUUAACGCUGUACUUUUGGUUUAAAUAAAUUUGUUUUCAUUA